AUGGUAGCACGCGACAAAGUCACCGUAUCCGUCCCGCCGGACGACGAUGUAACGCCGGACGACGGUGUAACGCCGGCGGCGUUGACGGCACCAGAGGUGCACAAAGUUUGCUUGCCGCCACACAAAACCACUUUCCAAAAACUAAGUCAGAGACUCGGGGAGAUUUUCUUCCCAGAUGAUCCACUUCACCGGUUCAGGAACCAACCCCCCGCCCGGCAGUUUCUCCUGGGGCUCAAGUUUUUCUUCCCCAUUUUCGAAUGGGCCCCGAAUUACAACCUCAAACUUCUCCGUUCUGAUAUCAUCGCUGGCCUCACCAUUGCCAGCCUCGCAAUCCCGCAGGGAAUUAGUUACGCCAAGCUCGCCAAUUUGCCCCCAAUUAUCGGCCUAUAUUCAAGCUUCGUUCCGCCAAUUUUGUAUAAUAAUGUUCAUUUAUAA